AUGAUUUUUCGCCAAGCUUUUGACCGCCUCAACAAGCCAUCGCAUGAUGGUGGUUCAAAGUCAAAACGUUGCAGCAAUUUCUCAGAGGCUCAAAGGUUCAAAUUGAUGAUAGCAAGUAUAUGGAAUGUCUCUGCUGGUCGGGAUCGUGGUUGUACAUUACACGGUGAAGGCGAGAGACGAAUGGCUCGCGAUUCAGCAAAUAAAACACCCCGUGGAAAAGAUUUUGGCAACACAGUAUGCUCUAUGCCGGGUCAUACUGAGGGUUUCUUUUUCUUUGUGGUGGAAACAUUAAAUGCUGCUAAAGAAUACGCGCCGCAUCGCAGUCAAAUUCUAGCUCUUCGUCGGUCACUUGCAAUUGAUUCGGAAAAGAGACAAUCAAAAGGGACUUCUUUAUUUGAGCCCAAAGAAAGACCAAGCAGCCAGAAAGAACUGGGUUUUGACCAAGCGGUAUCCGUCUCAUCAAACGGAGCAGGACACUCAAGAGAAAAAUCCUCAUUUGAAGCCAACAACUCACCAAGCAGACAAGAAAAACUAAUCAUGGGCGAUGCAACGUCGUUUUCGUCGAAUAUUACAGGUCAUUCGAUCAAAGAAGAACCAGAUAUGGAUCAGCUAAUGGUCAAUCCAUCAAGUAGAUUGGAAUAUUCAACUGUAGAACAAUCAGAUGGGGAUAGUUCGGCGUCAUCAUCAACCGCAUUCGACCCAUCGGAACAUUCAACUUUGUUGGGAGAAGUUGCUGAACCGUUACUAACUUCAUCAAAUGGAUUGGAACACCUAACUGUAGAACAAUCAGAAGUUGAUCGUUUAGCAUCAAUGUCAAUUGCACCAAACUCGUCGAAACAGUCAGAAUCAUUGGGACAUUCAAUCCAAUCGGAGGAAGUUACUGAACCAAUAGCAAUUGCAUCAAACAGAUUGGGAUAUUCAAUUGAUUCUUAUCAUCCGCCACUAGUUGGUAUUGAUAUUACAGGUCGUGGCAGUCGCAUUAUCAAGAGAGCCUCCUUGUACAAGAGGAAGGAAUCGCUCAGUGCCGUUGGAGUUCCUUUGCACAUUGUUUGUACACAAUUCAAGGACUACAUUGUAUGUGGACUGAAGAGUUGGAGGAAAGGAAGACAUGUAAAGAGCCAAUUGGCUCUCGACAUUGUCGGUGUAUGGUUUGAGAAAUCAAUGCAUCAAUAUUCUUCUCAAACCUUGAUAGAUUUCAUACACGAACUCGGUGCAGGACAACAGUUGAAUUUGGGGCAACUUCAUAGCGCCGCUGGUGGAUCUUCCCUUGUGGCUAGCCGAAGUAAGUUUGAUUUAAUUCCGGGAGAUGCAGUGGUUGCAAACCGGUCUGCGAACGUUUCUCAAGUUUCUUCUUAUCGGCACCUAUUGCAGAUCACGAACCAGAACGUUGCUGGUAACUUUAUCGGUCGUGGGGGAGCCCGCGCAAGAGAGGCCGAGAAAAUUUUAGGAUUAUUCAUGUCUCUCAAGCGGUUUAAUGGAAAAGAGUACUUUGUGUGUAGGCCACGCGCACAUCAAAAUCUUGAUCGACAGGAAAAUGUCAAUCGUAAAAGAUGCCGGAUUGGUUUAGAAAUUAUCAGUAUAUGGCUCUGGGAACAUUGGAACGCACAAAACGACUACAUGAGUUUGCCGGAGUUCCUUGUUUGUCUGAAAGCAUCAAACGAUAAAAUGACGUUGGAGGAAAUCCAUGAAGCCGCAAUACAUUCUAUGAGACGAACAAGGCUUCCAUAUUCCCACAAAGCUUUCUUCGAAUCGAAUUAUACUAUAGAAGCAGAAUCAGAAGAUUAG